AUGACAGUUAAUCACACUUCUAGAAGCCCUACAUUCUUUCUCUCUGGAUAUAUUAUAUACGGAGUAUUAUAUAAGAAGGAGAAAAACCUGCGGAGAUACUCCUGCACAACUCUACAGUUACAAGAACAUGGCGGAUUCAAGAUUGAGCAUCUUAUCUUUAUGCCUGUAGGUUUUCACCAGAAAGAACAAAACACAAACUUUUCUGCCAAGAACAUGAAUCCCAGUCCCAUAAAUGGUGACACAGGCAAAGAAUUGCAGGAGACAGAAAAAGCCGGUGGAGAUGACACGAGUUGGCCGCAUUUGGAAGCAGAAGAUUACAUAGUUUUCAACUUUACUGGCGACGGGGAUACUGGUGUGGUGGAAGACAGGAAAAGAGGGGUGAGCUGUGGGAGUGACAUAGAAAUCUACCCAGAAAAUGAACCGGAGAUGAUCAUAUCAUUCGAAGAGGGUAAAGAGAAAUGGAGAGAUAGUGAUGGGAUUAGAGACACAAUUUUCACUUCUUCUGAAUCAUCAAGCGACUGCGAUCAAUCAAAUGCUAGCAAAGGCUCUUUCGCCUUCCCAGUAUUAGGGUGGGAAUGGGUGGGCAGUCCAGUUCACAUUCCCAGACAAGAAGAUAAAAGCACAUACUUAAAGAAGCACAGAAGUUGGUGCCACCUUUUCUUACACUGUUGUAGAUCUUGAGUGACCUGUAAUGGCAGAUCGACCAAGGGUUCCGGUUAUGGAAGCAUGAAGAUGGAGCACAUAGGACUAGUUCUACUUUAUGAUGUAAACUUUCAUUUGCUAUAUACAACAUGAUUCACAAGUUUCAAUAGAAUAGUGUAAGGCAUAUAGCAUUAAUAGGAAAUGAGUGUUAUAAUACAAAGUGCAGGUCACCAUUGUUACAUUUCAAAGAUUUCAUCAUCCAAAACAAAACAGACUAUAUUAUUAUUUUUUUUUUUUUUGUUCAAACCUACAUGGGAUAAGCAACUAAAUAUCUAAG